AUGAACACAGCCACUAAGAAGGAUUGGCAAGUUUCCACUGAUAAGCAUCAUCCUAGAGUAUCCUACUUGGGAGAAAAUCGUGGUGAAGCGCUACCGGCUCCAAAGCCAAAACGUGCAGGUGGUACCACCUUUGGAUCUAAGGUGGUUACUUCAGGAUAUAGCAGUCUAACAACUUGCUCGCGACCCAGCCCAGCGCCUGCCACUAAGCACGAUCUACGUCCGAUCAACGCAUUCUGGCUGUUGAAGGCAAAGCUUGAAGCUCACCCACUUUGCCACAGCAUUCAAGACCACUGUGCUGUCCGCCUACAGCCUCGAUACAAUGGCGAAGCAUUGCACUAA